CUUCAGGGCAGAGCUUUGUGGCGAAAGGUAGAACAUGAACGCCCCAGAUCGUUUCGAACUUUUCAUCUUACCAGAUGGUGUGCCUAAACUCAAGAUCGACCCUGAUCCAAAGGUUCCAAACGCUGCGAUCAUAACAUUCGAGAAGGAAGACCAUACGCUUGGCAACCUGCUGAGAGCACAGCUGAUCAAAGAUCCACGGGUUGUAUUCGCUGCUUACAAAGUUGAACAUCCUCUUUUCGCUAGAUUUAUCAUGAGAAUUCAAACAGAAGAGGGCUAUUCUCCAAAGGACGCUCUGAAGAACGCAUGCAACUCGUUGAUUACACAGCUGUCAACGAUCAAGAACAAGUUUACCGUUGAAUGGGGCUUACAGACGUUGGGACACGAGGGAGCCUUCUAAAGGGAAUGAAGAAGGUUUCUGCGUAUUUUAGAUCUAAACCCUCCUCAGUGUACUAUAGAAAGGGAAAAACUAGUGAUGACAAUAUCCAAGAGGAGGAAAACUGUGGUACAACCAAUGCACGAGAUUUGAAACAAGACAAAUGUAAUUAUGAGAUUUGCGAGUAUCAUCUGCAUGAUUUGAGCCAUGCCUGCGAUUUCUGAAUCAUGAUCAUAACUCCACUGAAUUGAGGAGUCAGAAUUGUUUACAUGAUUACAGUUGAACAAUAUCGAGCAUAUCGUCUUCACAAUCCGUAGGAUCACUUGAUGUAUGGCUUUUAAUUAUGAGUCACGUAGAUGUUGGAUAGUUAGUAGUACAAUUUCGUUAAGAA